AUGGCGCAGCCGGGCCCGGCUCCUCAGCCUGACGUUUCUCUUCAGCAGCGGGUGGCAGAAUUGGAAAAAAUUAAUGCAGAAUUUUUACGAGCAAAGCAACAGCUUGAGCAAGAAUUUAAUCAAAAGAGAGCAAAAUUUAAAGAGUUAUAUUUGGCUAAAGAGGAGGAUCUGAAGAGGCAAAAUGCAGUUCUACAAGCUGCACAAGAUGAUUUGGGACAUCUUCGGACACAGUUGUGGGAAGCCCAAGCAGAGAUGGAAAACAUCAAGGCCAUUGCCACGGUGUCUGAGAAUACCAAGCAAGAAGCUAUAGAUGAAGUGAAGAGACAGUGGAGAGAAGAAGUUGCUUCACUUCAGGCUGUUAUGAAAGAAACAGUUCGUGACUAUGAGCACCAGUUCCACCUUAGGCUGGAGCAGGAGCGAACACAGUGGGCACAGUAUCGAGAAUCUGCAGAGAGGGAAAUAGCAGAUUUAAGGAGAAGGCUGUCUGAAGGUCAAGAGGAGGAAAAUUUAGAAAAUGAAAUGAAAAAGGCCCAAGAGGAUGCUGAAAAACUUCGGUCUGUUGUGAUGCCUAUGGAGAAGGAAAUUGCAGCUUUGAAAGAUAAACUGACAGAGGCUGAAGACAAGAUUAAAGAGCUGGAGGCCUCAAAGGUGAAAGAGCUGAAUCAUUAUCUGGAAGCUGAGAAAUCUUGUAGGACUGAUCUAGAGAUGUACGUAGCUGUUUUGAAUACUCAGAAAUCCGUUUUACAGGAAGAUGCUGAGAAACUUCGGAAAGAAUUGCAUGAAGUUUGCCACCUCUUGGAGCAAGAGCGACAACAACACAACCAGUUGAAACACACGUGGCAGAAGGCCAAUGACCAAUUCCUGGAGUCUCAACGUUUGCUGAUGAGGGACAUGCAGCGAAUGGAAAUUGUGCUAACUUCUGAACAGCUCCGACAAGUUGAAGAACUGAAGAAGAAAGAUCAGGAGGAAGAUGAACAGCAAAGACUUAGUAAGAGAAAGGAUCACAAAAAAACAGAUGUUGAGGAGGAAGUAAAAAUACCAGUAGUGUGUGCUUUAACUCAUGAAGACUCUUCAGCUCAGUUAUCAAAUGAGGAGGAACAUUUAGAUAGCACCCAUGGUUCAGUCCAUUCUCUGGAUGCAGACUUACUGUUGCCAUCUGGGGAUCCUUUCAGUAAACCAGACAAUGAUGUGUUUAAAGAUGGACUCAGGAGAGCACAGUCUACAGAUAGCCUGGGAACUUCAGGCUCGCUGCAAUCCAAAGCUUUAGGCUAUAACUACAAAGCAAAAUCUGCUGGGAACCUGGACGAAUCAGAUUUCGGACCGUUGGUAGGAGCAGAUUCGGUAACUGAGAACUUUGACACCGCCUCCCUUGGGUCACUGCAAAUGCCAAGUGGGUUUAUGUUAACCAAAGAUCAGGAGAGAGCAAUCAAGGCGAUGACACCGGAACAAGAGGAGACGGCAUCCCUCCUGUCGAGUGUCACACAGGGCAUGGAAAGUGCUUAUGUGUCCCCCAGUGGCUACCGCCUAGUCAGUGAGACAGAAUGGAAUCUCUUGCAGAAAGAGAUACACAAUGCUGGAAAUAAACUUGGUAGACGCUGUGAUAUGUGUUCCAAUUAUGAAAAACAAUUACAAGGAAUUCAGAUUCAGGAGGCUGAAACAAGAGACCAGGUGAAAAAACUACAGGUGAUGCUAAGGCAAGCAAAUGAUCAGUUAGAGAAGACAAUGAAAGAUAAACAGGAAUUGGAAGACUUCAUAAAGCAGAGCACUGAAGAUUCAAGUCACCAGAUCUCUGCACUUGUCCUAAGAGCCCAAGCAUCGGAAAUCUUACUUGAAGAGUUACAGCAGGGGUUUUCCCAGGCAAAGAGGGAUGUUCAGGAACAGAUGGCAGUGCUGAUGCAGUCACGGGAACAGGUUUCAGAAGAACUGGUGAGGCUACAGAAAGAUAAUGACAGUCUUCAGGGAAAGCAUAGCUUGCAUGUGUCAUUACAACAAGCGGAAGACUUCAUUCUCCCAGACACUAUGGAGGCACUCCGGGAGUUGGUAUUAAAAUACCGUGAGAAUAUCAUUAAUGUGCGGACAGCAGCAGAUCACAUGGAAGAAAAGCUGAAGGCUGAAAUACUUUUCCUGAAAGAGCAGAUUCAAGCAGAACAGUGUUUAAAAGAAAACCUUGAAGAAACUCUGCAGCUAGAAAUAGAAAACUGCAAAGAAGAAAUAGCUUCCAUCUCUAGCCUAAAAGCUGAAUUAGAAAGAAUAAAAGUAGAAAAAGGACAGUUGGAGUCCACAUUAAGAGAGAAGUCUCAACAGCUUGAGAGUCUUCAGGAGAUGAAAAUGACGUUGGAAGAACAGCUGAAGAAAGAAACUGCUGCUAAGGUUACUGUCGAACAACUGAUGUUUGAAGAGAAGAACAAAGCUCAGAGGUUGCAGACUGAACUAGAUGUCAGUGAACAAGUGCAGAGAGAUUUUGUAAAGCUUUCUCAGACCCUUCAGGUGCAAUUAGAGCGGAUCCGACAGGCGGACUCCUUGGAGAGAAUCCGGGCAAUUCUGAAUGACACCAAACUGACAGACAUUAACCAGCUCCCCGAGACAUGA